GUACAAGCGACGGCUGCCCAUGCAGCAGUUUACGGUUCUGUCACACAACGUUAGCUAAAGAUAGCCGGUAUAGAGCUAACCUAGCGAUGGCUUCUUAACAAUCAUGCCGCUGAUUUGAUUAAAGUGUCAUUAUUUGGUCUGGUAUAGAUCCGGUAUGGUCCGGAAGGGGUGCUGAAGGAAAAAGUUGACAAUGAGCAGCCUCGUAGCGGCCCGUUUCCUCGCUCUUAUCGCGCACCUGGUCACAGUCCUCUCCAUAUUCUGCUCACGGGAGAACAGUGUUCGAGCGUGUUUGCCGCUGGAUUACAGUAUUGAAGAAUACCGCACCGAGGACACACGGCUGGUGGUGGCAUUAUCUGUAACUCUAGGGAUGUUUGCAGUAGAACUUGCUGGAUUUUUCUCCGGAGCAUCCAUGUUUAACAACAACCAAGGCCUUUUAUCCACAGCAUGCCAUGUGAGUGGCUCAGUAGCUCUGCUCUUCUUUCUGUUUGAGCAGUGGACCUGCAGCAUCUACUGGUGGAUCUUUGGCUUCUGCAGUGUAAUGCCUGCACUCUAUGAGAUAAUUCUGCUUAUUGCUGUAUUUGGUCUAAAGAGGAAGUCACUGUGAAGCCUCUUCUCCUUCAUGGGAUAAGGAAAGAUUGGGUUGCCAAGCAACAGAAAUGUCUGUGGUCAAUUUACAAUCUGCAAAAAAGGAAAUCAUAUAAAUUUAUAAUUAUAAUAAUAAUAUUAUUAUAAUUAUGACCACAUAAUUAGAACUUGGUUUGUUUUGUUGUUCUCAUCAUACGUGUAUCAUAUUGAGUAUAACAGAAGUAAACAAUUUUAUAUAUCUUAGCAGUUGGGCCAAGAUUUAUACGUUUUGUAUUAUUGUGUAUUGCUGUACUGUUGCUGUUUUUUAUGUAAUAAAAUGUGAUUUUGCAUGCAGA